AUGAUUGCUAAAAUCCUGGCAAAACGAAAUGUUUGGGCGGUAUGCGACAAAACUCAAUAUCCACUUUAUUACAUGCUCCUCAUCUUGGGUUUAAAUCAAUCAAUUCGCCCUAACAAUCCAAACCUUUUUCGUUGCUACAGCUGGUUUGUGUUUUUUCUUUUGGUUUUCACAACUGGUCGCAAAUUUCACCAAAUUGGUGUAAAACCAAAUGGAGAUCGUGAAACCAUUGAAGAGUUUUUUGGAAAUCCGAGGUCUUUGAUCACUCUCUGCAAUGCGUUGCUAUUGUUGAGUGGUUUGCUCGCAUCCAGCUUACUUUAUAAUCUUGGGGGAAAACGUCUUGGACCUUUAAAGUCAUUGUGUGAAAUGACGCUAAUUAAUCGUUCAAAGGAACAUACUAAACGCCAUUUUGCGUUUAACAUAUUUUUAGCUAUGUUCACCGGAUCAUUGGCGCUCAUCAUGGCGGCAACUUAUGCUUUGAGUAAAUGGGGAUAUCUUGUGUAUAUCAUCGGAACCCCAAAUUUGUCUUCUGAAACAAUAUUUUGCGUUGUUUUGGACUCUUACGCGCUUUUUAUCUCGAGAUGCGCCAUAUCGGCAGCUGCAAUUUUAUUUUAUCAACAUUGCUCGGUAAUCCGUAGAAGCAUCAAACAUUUGAUCAACGAAAUGGUUCCCGAUGAGCAAGAAGAAUGUCCACUGCCAGAAUCAGCGAUGCAAAAAAUUCAUGAGUGUCAAAAAACGUAUCAGAAAAUCGCAAAUGGUAAAGCAGUGAUUGAAGAAUACUAUUCUUUAGCAUUAUUUUACGCAUAUGGGGUUUGCAUCCCAAUCUUCUGUUUUUUACUGUUUGUUGCAAUGAGCGCCAAAACGAUCUGCUGGUCUGAGACUUUGUCGAUUAGCAUUUGGAUUAUCAAUGCAGUGGUUGUGCUUCUUCUUUUCAGUAUUCCAGCAUUCAAAAUCCAUGAAGAUGGGGAUCGCCUACUCACAACAUCAUUUCGCAUGUAUCACGAAACAUUUCAUGAGGAACGCGAUCUUACUGUACUCGCCCAAAUAACUUUCUUCGUGUUUCAAGUUCAUUCGACCAGAUUAACUUUGUCAGCAUGCAAUUAUUUCUAUAUGAAUCGCAGUAUUCUGUUGAGUCUGUUCUCCUCAAUCCUGACCUACUUCUUAAUAUUGUGGGAGUUUGAUGUGAAGAACAAGGAGGAUAUCAAUUUGAAGAAUAUAACAAGUCAUUUUCGAUUCAAAGUUUGA